GUUCUUUUAUUUUAGAUGAAGAUGAUUCAAAUUAAUAAUACUUUGUCUGGAAAGAUGCAGGAUUGAAUGGAGGAACAUUUCAUUUUCAUGGAAACAACAACAUUGGUGUCAUGAAGAGCAAAGGAGACAAAGGGAUGUCAAAACAGUGUACUAGUAUUGUUAUGAAAUCAUUUGCUGUUCAGAUGGCUUAGAAUUAUUUAUCAGUAAAUCAAGGAUAAAGUGCUGUAUCCAUUGUGUUUUGAUUUUGCAAACUUGCCUUGCUGAUUAUGAUAUUGGACAGAUUUCAUCCAAGACAUCUUAAGAAUUUCUGAGCCAUGUUUCUGUGAUAACACUCCAGAUUUCACAAUUAUAAGCUCGGAAAGUUCCCAAUUCUACCCAUUGGAGUGAAAUUGAAUUUCAUCAUGAACAUAUUUAGGAUUCGAACACGACGGACUCUCCGUUUUCUAAUUGUAUUUAUAGUUGUGUGCGUGUUGAUGUAUGCUUUCUUAAGCUCAAAGCCAGCAAUUAGUGAUAAGGGACAAAACUUUCCACGAGUAGAUGAUCGUGACUCACAUCUAAAAUUCAAUGCUCCUGGGGACCAAAAUAAUCAUUGGAAGGAAGAAAGACAUUUUGAAAAAAACAAAGAGGCAGUGAAUGACCCAGUAAACUUCGCUGCUGGUGAACAUGAGCUUAAAAGAAAAGACUGGCAUGAUUCCAGAGCAAUGGAAAAUGACAAGCUUAGAACAGGUCCUGGUGAAAGGGGUGUGGCAGUAAAAUUGACUCCAGAGAUGAAGAAAACCGAGAAGAAAGACACAAGUGCUAAUGGUUUCAAUGAAAGGGUCAGUGAUAUGAUCUCUCUUGACAGAGCGCUACCAGACAUCAGAAACCAAAGAUGUAAGGAAAUCACCUAUCUUGCCAAGCUGCCCAAUGUCAGUGUCAUUAUCCCGUUCCAUAAUGAAGCCCUCUCCACCCUGAAGCGAACCGUUCACAGCGUCUUCAACCGUUCCCCUCCAGAACUCAUUCAUGAGAUAAUCUUGGUGGAUGAUUACAGUGAUAGAGCUUAUUUAAAAGGACCUCUGGAUGACUACAUGUCAGGGUUUCCUAAGGUGAAGAUCAUCCGCUUAGACAAGAGACAAGGUCUGAUCAGGACCAGACUGCUAGGUGCCAAGCCUGCUACAGGAGAGGUGGUGCUCUUCCUUGAUUCUCAUUGUGAGGCAAACUACAACUGGCUACCACCAUUGUUAGAACGGAUUGCUCUUAAUCAUCGCCGCAUCGUUUGUCCUAUGAUUGAUGUGAUCAGUAAUGAGGAUUUCCACUACGAGUCCCAGGCAGGUGAUGUGAUGAGGGGGGCGUUCGACUGGGAGCUUUACUAUAAACGCAUCCCAAUCAACGAAGCAGAGAAUAAGAGGCGGAGUCAUGAAAGUGAUCCUUUCAGAACCCCUAUCAUGGCUGGCGGCUUGUUUGCAGUGGACAGGAAGUAUUUCAUGGAGGAGUUGGGUGGCUAUGAUGAAGGAUUAGAAAUAUGGGGAGGAGAACAAUAUGAUCUGUCUUUCAAAGUAUGGAUGUGCGGGGGUGAAAUGGAGGAGAUACCGUGUUCGCGGGUCGGACACAUCUACCGAAAAUUCAUGUCUUACACGGUGCCUGGAGGCGCAGGUGUGAUCAAUAAAAAUCUUUUAAGAGUGGUUGAGGUAUGGAUGGAUGAAUGGGGCAAGUACUUCUAUGAACGUCGGCCGUACCUCAAGGGGCAAAACUUUGGUGAUAUAAGCAAGCAGAUGGCCCUGCGAGAGAGACUGCAGUGUAAAAACUUCACCUGGUUUCUGACUGAGGUGGCGCCAGACAUCCUUCAGUAUUAUCCUCCAGUAGAGCCGGAAGGCGGGGCCAAGGGGCAUAUAACACAUAUGAGUACAGGAAAGUGCCUCACGUUAUCCCAGGCGGGUAAAGAUGAAUUGAGGAUAGAGCAAUGUUCACCGAGAUUCAAAAGGGAGGGAGGUUCACAGUAUUGGGAAAUGACAUGGCAUGAUGAUUUCAGACCAGGCUCAAAAGGUCGUAAGCAGUGCGUUGACUUCCCCUACGGAAGGGAAGGUGCAGAACCUAUCCUUUAUCCCUGCCAUCAUGGAGGAGGAAAUCAGCUCUGGGUUUAUGAUGAGGAACGUCAUAUCAUCUAUCAUCCAGUCUCGCACCUGUGUCUAUCUGUCGAUGGUGACAAAACAGUGAUGUCUCAUUGCGUCGAGGGUAAAGAGAAUUUAAAGUGGACCUGGGCGGAACCAAACUCUAAAAAGCUAAGGGAACUAGUUAAAAAACAUGCAAUCUUUUGAUGAAAGAUUUUUGUUAAGUGCAGAUAUUUUUUUGUUCACUGUGUGAGUUUUAUGUCUAAUGUGUACUCUCUUUGUUUCUCACAUCUUUUUUAAAUGAUGGAUUACAAUUUAAUCAUCCAGGCCCUGUCAUAAAAAGCUAAUAGUUUUAGCAAUUAGUUAUAGGACUGAUGUUUAUGACUGAUUAAUUUGAUCACUUACAGAAAAAAUCACUCAUGAACAUUAAUCCUGUGAUAAGCCUCUGAGUUUUGUGUCAUGAAGCCCAGAUUUAUUUUCUAUUGAUAUAUCAAAGCUUAUCCAAAUCCAAACAUGGCUUGUUUUUUAAAACUUUUUCUUGUCUCAUUUCUAUGUUUAAACUUUAGCUAUUAUAUCCCAGUCUUAGUCUUUUUUCUUUUCUUUUCCUAUACUUUUUGCAUAUAGGGACAUGCAAUCUUCUAUGUGUGAUGCGCUAUAAAAGUAAUAGUAACAAAU